AUUUUAAUGUAGUAAAAGUGUUCCACUCAGAUUAUGGGAGCAGCAGAAAGCAAGGAGCGGAGUUGAGUGCGAGGUGGUGGAGUUGGGAUUUCAACCAGUCUCAGUCAGUCUCAAUUUGGAAUUCAAGGCGUCCACAUAGCCGGCUACUCGUCUCAACUCCACAACUCGGUCUCGCUCCCCACGUGCUCACGUCAAGUGGAGUGCAGAAAAGCUUUGGCACAGUGCGAGCAGCAAAAGCGGUGAGAAGACCAAUUCGCAAACAAUAUCGUAGAAAUUUAAGACACGAUUUGCAUAGUUGCAUGAAUCACAAAAGUUUUGUGGUGAGAGACGCAUGUGGUAAAUAAAUACACCUAUCGGAUCGUCGUCUCAGAUCAGGAGAAGAAGAAGGAAAAGCGUUCUUUUAUGUACACAUUAUGUACAUACGAGCACUACACGAACUACGGAUUGAAUAACAUUUCAAAUAAUUGGGAUACGACGAUGGAACAAUAAGGUCGAAGUUCUGAUUUGUGUACUUAUCUCUUGGACAUCUGCAUGCAUAAAAUAGAGGGCAACGAUGAGAUGAGUCGUUAUUUCUUGGAAUGACAGAUUUUACAGUCUGACACGGAUUUUAUAACACUCCUAACCUAACCGUGGAUGUGUGCAAAGUUAUCCCAAUAAUAUCGUCACUCGGUUGAGACUAUUGUGACUAUUUGUUCCAGUUAUUUAUAUGAAAAUUAUUCAUCCGGUUAUCAAAUGUGUGAUUCCAUCAUCAGCAAGCACCUCUCACUCAAUAACUAACUAACCAGUGCCUGCUUCUUUUCGACUAUAUUAAAAUUCCAAGCUUGGCCCAAUUUCUUCCUUCGUUGUAGUUCAACUUUUGGGACCGAUGAAGAGUGAUUCAUUUGCGUAUGUGUAGCGAGGAAGGUUCUGAUUAUUUUCAGUGCAAAUAAGUAUCAGAUUUAUCACAGUGUCGCAUCUCUUUAUCACGAAGGGAUUCGCGAUAUCAGGAACACCCAUCCGAUAUACGUGGUCCAAGUGUUUAUUAUUAUCACCUCCAACUUGUGGACGCUAUUUAUUUCAAAACUCCAUGAUCGGAAAAAAAGAUGUUUGCCAUAUUAACAUUUUUACGGCGUAGUGGCAUAUCAAAUAAGGAUGUGAAAAGCAAACAUGAAGAAACUAUAGUCUGAGUGAGAUUUAGCAAGGAUGACUCAAGUCAGUUUUAUUGGGAACUAUCAAUAAAUGAAAUUGCGAGACAACUUGUAACUAUCCCAAGGAUUUUACAGCCUCUUGGUACCAAUAAAAUGUCAAGACGGAAACAAAGCAACCCAAAGCCUCUCAAAGUAGAGGAAGAGAGGAGUGAAGAAGGUGGAGGGCGAGAAGGUGAGAAAAAGGUUGUUGAUCUAGAGGAACCACAAGACGAAGAAAGUCCAGGUAGUCAGGAAUCCAAUGAUUCAACAUCAGCCCCAGCCCCCCUCGAAGACGAUGCAAAUUGUGAAAACAGUGACAGAUCUACCAACCACUUGACGGAACCAGAGUCGACCAAGGACGACAUAAAAAUCCCAAUUUUUUCGGUGAAAGUCAAACGAGAAGGAGCCGACUUGGGGCGUCCUGACUCAAAACCUCGACUUCGAAGUCAAAGCAGAUCUUCCUCCGACCACCUAGCAGAGUUUCCCGAAGUUGAGAGCGCGUCCGAAAGUGGGGAGGGUGACGGUAGGAGGAAGCGUCGUCGAGAAAGUGAGAGUUGCAUCAGCGUCUCCCGGAGAAAAAGUCCAGAAUUGCCCGAAUCCGGGGAUCGGGAAAUGAUGAACGGAGGAGCAACUCUCUCGUCUCAACAGCUCUUGCAAGGCUUACCUUACCUGCACCUCCUGCCCCCCUCGAUCAGAAACGAUGCUGCAAGGCUUCUUUUCAUGCCACCAAUUUUGCCAUCAGAGCUGUCUGGAAAUAUGAAUGUCGCCAAUGGCUGUGUGGACUCGGAAAAAGCUUCAGGAGGAGAAACCUCGCGAAGUGGUCCUUCCUUCUUUUGUAAACCGUGCAAUAUCAAGUUCAGCUCGGCUCGCACGCUCGACGCCCACCAAACUUAUUAUUGCUCCUUUCGACGAGAAAUGGGAGGUAAGGAAGGGUCAAAAGACGAGCAAUUGGACGUAGAUGCCAAAGGAGUAGAGUCAAUCGGGCCCAGAAAGCGAGAGAGAGAAAGUGGAGAUGAAGAUCGUGAACUAAUGACUGACGAAUCAAUGGAAGUGUCUCCAGACGGCGGACGAAUUGGGUUUAACGAGUCAAUGGAUGGGAAUUCUAAUAAAGUGGCGAAAACUGGAAAGCUCUACGCUUGCAUGUACUGCUCUUAUUCCGCGGACAAGAAAGUCAGCCUGAAUCGGCACAUGAGAAUGCACUCUGGAAGUAUUUCUGUCACCUCAGGUCAAAACAAUGCAGGUGAUGACUGCGUUUCUGGGAGCGGAUCGACAACCCCAAGUAGCUCCAACAAUAUUGGAUUGAAUAAAAAUUUGCCAGAAGGAGUAAAUGCUCUCGAAAGAUACUGCGGAGACUGUGACAUACAAUUCUCUUCAAUAAAGACGUUCCGCGUUCACAAGCAACACUACUGUCGGACCAGACACGUUCUGAAGACCCAACAGGGUCCAGCAGGAUCUCCACCGGGAAUUCCAAUGAAAAUUCAUCAUCAGUCAUCCGGAGAAAUGGGAGGCGGGAGAACUUCACUCACACCUGUAAGAAAGAGUUCAGGGUCACCAGUUCCGUCUGACGGAAGCCCAACAUCGACGCCGGGGCCUAUGCUGUCCUCGCAUCAACAACCAUUUGUGGUUCUCCCCACAAAUCCUCUCAUCGUGGUGCCAUACUGCUUUAUCCAGGCUGCCAGUAUUCUCCCAUUCGGAAAUGUUCUCCCGUCUCAAAAUGCCCUCAUUGUACUUCCCAACGGAUCUGUUCAAGGAUUGCCCUUCACCUCUGUCCAAAUCCCUGUUCCAUCCCCAUCUCAAUCACUUUUGUCUCAGCCGGCUUUCUCCAGCGGUGGUGGUGUUGUUCUUAGUGGUGGUGGAAAAGGGAGCAUUGGCAGCCUGUCCCCAACAACGACAACGAAUCAGUCACAUUCCGUAUUUAACGAUCCAAAGGAUAUCCUAAGAAAAAUAUCCUGCGUUAGUAAAGCGGGCUACGAUUCAUCUGGAUUCAUUGGAUAUAAUAGUACUAAUAAAAAUGGAUCUCUAGACGAUUUGAAUACCAGUCAAAAUAACAGUGAUGAAAUUGUGCAAUCCGAGAAUAACACUCAAAUGGCCAGUUAUGGUUCCGAUGAGCACUCAGAUAAAAACCCAGACGAGGAGACCAUGGAGGAGCAAAGGAGUGAAGAAAAUGAUGAAGGAAUGCCAGCGAUAGAUCUCACGCUUCGGAAAACGCGUUCCAUCAAGGAAAUCAGUGGAGAUGAAGAAAAGGAGAAUCGAGAGGUUUGUCUUCGGUUACAGAAUCAAAGGGGAGAGCAGCAGCAGUCUGGUAAUUCUUCGUAUAAUACCAAUGACACAAACAGCGGAGGAGUUGGAAAAAAGUCAUCUCAAUCAUCCACCAUUACUUUUACCACCGACUUUCACCGAGACCGAGAGCGAGAAAUGUGCAGCCCUUCUGAACGUGUCUCCUAUGGCGGCGGAGGAGGAAGUGGUGGAAGUUGUGGCAAGAGGACCCCAAGACCUUCCUCAACCUCAAUUAGCAGUUCAUGCUCCACUCCACCAGCUCUUUGUGAGCCAAAAGUAAAUGGUCUCGUAAAUAGACUUUCUCCUGUCGACCAGCGUGAUGUGGGCGCCAGUGCAAAUAACAAGAAUCAUUCUCACAUCAACAUGAUGAGUCCAUCCAUGAUGGUCGGGAUGGGAAAGGGGUCGAUGGAUUUCACCAGCGGGUUAGAUAUGGUGAAGCAUGGCAAAUUGUCGUCUGUGGGAGGAGACGGGAAAGGUAAACGUGGUGGGAAGAUGGGUCACAUCGCAACUCAACUUCCCGGUGGAGCAAUUUUGACCACGUCUGGCGGUGGUCAGACUCUGACAGAUUUACUGAUUCCCAACUCCCCUGAAUUUAACGAAAUCUUGGCCAAAAUCAGUCCUCAGCUCUUGGUAAAUUCUGCUCGCUCUUCAGCUGGGUCCCCAAUGGCACUCAAUCCAGCCCUACUUCAAGCUUUGUCUCAAUCAGAUCCUGAAAUUCUCAUUCGAAUGCUAGACCCCACAUAUUUGGCAAACUUGCAACAAAACAUCCAACUCCAGCAGCAGCACGCCUCUGGAGGGGGCAAAAGGGGAUAUUCCAAGUGUGUGGAGUGCGAUAUCGUUUUCUAUAAGCAUGAAAACUACUUGGUACACAAGGAGCAUUACUGUGCCGCUCGGAUUUCCAACAGCUCUCCCAACAACAACAACGGUGGGUCCAUCAAAGAAAUGCAAUCUAGUCGAGGGGGCAGCAAGGAAGUAAUAUCUUCAUGCAUUUCUUCUUGCUCAUCCCCCGCAAAGAGUGACGCGGAUGAAAGUCAGAGCUCUCCAGUCUCAGCAGCCGUUCACAGAGCGUCAUCAUCCACACCAAACUCGCAAAAUCAAAUGAGUAUAAAAGUCCCUCGGAAAUCUACAGACUCUUCCUCAUCUGAUUUUUUUCCUCUACCUGUGUACGAAAAGACAAAGUCCCGAUCGCCCCAAGGAAUCUCCUCUUCAAUUUCAAUUUCCCCAGUCGCAAGUCCAAAUGAGAGAAAGCAGGAGAAGCAGCAAGUGCAAAAUUUCGUAGGAGGCCAACAUCCCUGUAUGCAUUGUGGUGUCAAAUACAGCACGAUUGACAAUCUAAAAGCACACCAAAGCUUUUACUGCACGAAGCGACGGAAUGGCAAAGAUUCGAUUUCGCUGGAAGGAGAUGCGGACGAGUUAGCGGUUGGCAAUAUAAAGUCUGAGCAGGAUUCUGUCGAAGGAUAUGGGAUGAGCCACAGCCAACCAUUAUCCUCAAACAACAAAGGACUUUUGCAAUGUGGAAAAUGUAAACUAGCCAUUCCAGAUUCUCAACUAACUACGCACAUCAAGGUCUGCUUAGGAAGCAAUGUCACUCUGCCAUAUGGACCUGGUCUGCCAGGUUUAAUGACACCAGCAACAACAACAACAUUGGGAGGAGAGGGGGGAAACCGAACAGGUUGGAAAUGCCCUUGUUGCGACACGUAUAGCCCCACCGUUUCUCAAGCACAAAAACAUCUCGAGUGUCACACUGGAAUAAAAGCAUUCAAAUGUCUCCUCUGUGGGUAUCGAGGAAAUACGUUGAGAGGUAUGAGGACCCAUAUUCGAACACAUUUCGACCGGGCCUCACGUGUGUCGGACCUGCUUGAAGGAGAGUACAUGACCUGUAUCACCGCAAAUGACGUGGAGCACAAUGUCACCACCCCGACAAAUAAAUCCUUUUCGUCGUCUUCAGAGCCCCGAAGAAGUUUGGGAAGUCUUGUAAAUCACCAUCCAGCAAAUAGCAGGCAGUCAGCGGAAAAAAACAAAUUAAAUCAUUCACCACCAACGACGAGUGGCUCGGUGGUAACCACUACGACUACAAUUGCUUCCUCUCCUGGCUCUCCUCCACAAGAGUUGGUGCCACAAGACAUAAAACUCUUUUCCACUCCGGAGGGAUCAUCGUCAUCGAUAAUGGAGGAGAAAGCAGAGAAUAACAACCGAGCUGGUAAUUGUACGCUCUGCAACUAUACCUCGUCCUAUCGGGGCAAUAUUAUCAAACACAUGAAGUCGGUGCAUAAAAUAUCAGAAGAGGCUGCGGACAAGAUUUUGACUGACAUGAGCUCCAUCAUAAAGGUGCACUCAACGAGCGAGCUGGACGACGAUUACAGCUCUGAGAGGUCGGAUCGUAAAUUAAAUCUUUCGCCAGGAGGAAAGAACACCCAUAUCAAGGAAGCGGAUGGAGCAGUUUCCAAUAAUGUCUCCUCUUCUGGCAUGGAGGUUGCCAGCCAUCGGAGAAAGAAUAUAAACGGCCGUGGCUGUGGGGACAGGGAUGAGAAGAGUGACGUCGAUUGUGCGGAAAGAAAUUGUACAAGUCGAUCAUCUUCACCAGAGGAGGACGUGGACGGCCUCUCUACCCUUCAAAAAAAGGAGAAGCCUUGUGCCGUCAAAUACUGUAAAUCGUGCGACAUUUACUUCAACCAUCUGUCUACUUUCGACGCUCACAGGAAAUCGUACUGCUCCGCCACCCUCAACAAUAAAGCGGCUGAGCGGGCUGAAACCCCCGUGCAAUAGGAUAUCAAAUUCUAACAAAACAAAAUAAAUAGACUUUUAGACUAUAUGUAUGGUUACUCUUACAUUAUGUAUGCAGUCAGUGCGGAGGAGUCGGGUUGGGCAGGAGGGUGAGCCAAAGUAAAGCCAAAGGAAAGUGGUCGUACAGCGGAGAAAGAAAGCAGAGAGAGCAAAACUUGUUCUUGGUGAGAAAGGAACCAAGAAGGGAAAGAAAUAGCUGAUAAAUAAAUCUGUCAUAGUGUAAAAUGGCUUUGUGCGAGUGCGGGGGGACAUACAUACAUUUACUUCUCCCUCUGUCUCAUUCCCUGUCCUCCUUUUUUAGCCCACUGGAGCUGUUAAAAAAUCAAUACUUGUCACCUUCAAAUAAAUAUGUAUGCACUUCUACAUCUCUCUGCGAAAAAAAAUAAUUCACAAUUUUAGUAGGUUUCAACAUUUUUUGUUACUCAACAACAAUCAAGGUUACCCUGAGCAGUAUACGGUUCAAAAAUGAGUCAUGUUUGAUGAAUGAUCAAAUGUGAUUUUCCAUGCUUUGUGAAUUCAAGUAGUUGAUACAUGUACUGUAGUAGACAUACAAAGUAGCUGAUAUGUACUAAGUUUCAGAGAGUUGAUGUAAGCACUAAAAUAGUUCUGUGAUUUAAUUAAUGAUCCCGUGUCGUUGAUUGCUUUGUUAUUUCAACAACUUAUUGUAGCUAAUUUUACUGUCGGAGCUUUUAUUUAUCUGAUUAGGCGUAGGCUUACAACAUCAAUGGAUCCACGAUUCUCACUAAUUCAAUAAUAACACGGCAAGUUUAUUCUCAAAUUAUUAAAUGUACAAUGUUUAGUGUUUGUUAUUUGGGAAGGUGUUCAAAUUUUAGGAGUUGUUGUUGGUGCUAGGUAAAUAACUUCAUUGUGUAUCUUCAUUCCAUCGUGUGAAUUUAUUUUUUGGUGGAACGUUAUCUGAGCAAAAACCAAAAUGUAAUAUGUAAAUUUACUUACAUAGAUCCCGACACACACACACAUACACAUACACACAGUAGUACAAAAAGAUACUUUUUUGAAAAUAUAUGUACGUCUUGUUUUUACUUUAACUUCUUUAACUAAUUUUGCAGCAUUUUAUAUACCUUGAUGUUUAUACAUAAUACAAUUUGCAAUCUUUUUUAUUGAUUAUUUAUUGCAUCGAAUUUUUUCUGUAUCAGUCGUUCCAAUUUACACAGCUUCUGCAAAUAAUAAAUACCUAAGAGUUUUUCGAAACAGAUAGAAUACAGGGUACCCAAAAAACGUCUUGUGGUUAUGUUACACCUAAAAUACAACAGACAGAACAUACUAUAGUUAUUUAGCUUUUAGACAUAUCUCUGAAAUUGUUAAUUUAACAGUUCUUCAUCCACGCACCAUGUAUAACUAUCGAGAGAGUUGCCAAAAUCUUUGAGUGAUGAGACAAUUUGCACUUGCAAUGUAUAAAAUAAUUUGAUGCUGUUCGUAGAGCUUUAUAUGUUCCAAAAAUAAAUAAAUUAUGAAGCUUAUA